GCCGGAUUAUGGAAAAGUAAAUUUUUUUUAAAACUUGUGUAGUUUUGAAACCAAUUAAAGGUAAAAAGUAAAUUAUAUUUAAAGAAUUAAAUUAUAACCUACGAUUAUGUUACAGCAAAUUCUUUAAUUAUCGUAUAUUGGUACAAAAUUUUGUAAUGAAGUUUAAGUAAAUAAUCAAAAAUAAUGGCGAAUGAUUUUUAUGGUAAUAUAGCUGGAACGGCUUCCUGCUCAUCAUCACGCUGGUUGACAGAGGAAGUGUUUAAACUUAUCGAUAUGGUGCAACAUGAUGAAGCAAUUUAUAAUCCUCGUCACAAAUAUUACUUUUGUCGGCCAUAUGUCGAGAAUUUCUGGCGUGAAGUUGAUCAGAAGCUAGAAAAAAAUCCUGGCGCUAGUUUAGCAAAAUGGACGAAUUUACGUAUUUCCUUUCGGCGAGAAUACACAAAUUAUUUGGAAGAAAAAGUGCCCCCUUGUUGGACAUACUUUGACCGUAUGUUUUUCCUACAUCCAUAUUUAAGGAAAAAACAUUCACAGCCUAAAUCGCUAGACUCGCAAGUUCAAGAUGCUCUAGUACGCAUCAGUUCUUUAUCAGAUCGUUUACAACGAGAACGAACAGCAGCUGUAGCAGCAAAUGCAGCGGCCGCCAUUAGUGGCGACGUGCAUUCUUCACAUAUGCACGCACAACAGGCGUAUCAACAGCCAAGUGACAAUUAUCUAGAAUAUUUUGAUGAAGCUGAACAAAAUAACUCGGACGAUUUAGAGGAUGUUAUCGAUGAUGAGCAUGUUGCACGUUUUCGGCAUAAAUCGGAAGAACAUAACCAUGUACUACGCAAUGAUAUUAAAUCCGAAUGUGAUGAUGUUAAAUCGGAUGUUGAUGAUUAUGAACCUGAAAUUGUCAUGCGUCGUGAAGAAGAAGAUAAUGAAUUGGAAGAGAUGGAAAUGCGUAACUUCAUGAUGGAUUCUUAUGCCAGCCACAGCACCACACCAGUGCCAUUGGAGGACAGACGUUCGCAAUGGCGUAUGCAGCAACUAGUGCGUUUGCAAGUACGUGCAUAUCAAGAUGAGCCGCGUAUUAAACGACCACGUUCACAAGAAAGCAUAAGUAGUACACAUGCUAUUAGUGGUGGUAGUAGCGUAGCUGACGGUAAUGCUGCCAGUUCCUCAGCAAGUGGUAUACUUAAUACGGCACACAACAGCAUGCCUUUAGCGCAUGGAAUUGGUGCUCAAGCACGCACGCAUAAUACAACAACUAGUUCUGCAUCGGUGCACGCUAACGUAUCAUUUGUGCGACCAACACCAGCGAAACCCAUGGAAUUGGUUAGUACUACCACAAGUAAUAAUGGUACUAUUGGACUUAGCGUAGGCGGUGGCUCUGGUCCUAGUACCGUAAAUAAUGAUGCGGAUGUAAUUAGCACAUCAAGUGCUGCUAAUCAAGUGGCAACAACUUCUGCCAAUUCUAUAAAUCAACGUCACUCGAGCUCUAGUCAUCACAUUCACAACUAUAAUCAUCAUAUCGGGGGCACUGUUAGUGCCGGUAGUGCUGGUACUCAUCAUCGUUUAGAGAUUGCAGCUAUUGCAUCAGGCUCCUGUAAUGGAGCUGGUAUGAGUACAACUAUCGCUGGCUCAUCAAGCGGUACGACGCAUACAUUAAUUAAUAAAGCUAAUACAACUACAUCAGCAUUACCGGCUGUGGCACCGUCAUCAGGGCAUGUUGAAUUAUGUGAUUGUAAAACAGAUUCUGAUGCAAUGUUUCUAAUGAGUUUACUACCCGAUAUACAAAAAUUGAACGGGCGAGAUCGUGGUAAAAUUAAAAUCGCUUUCCAAAAUAUACUUCAAGAUUAUUUGUAUCCCGAUUAGAAGUGCGUAGUGUAGGCGGUUUGGUAAAUGAUAAACUAUCAUAUCUUUCUCACCACAUGACAAAGAUGAAAUGAGUAAACAGUAAUAUGCAACUGAAAGGAGCUAUAAUGUAAACAUACACAUACACAUGGCGUACAGCACGGCGUACAGCACGGUAAAUUCUAGAGUUUAAGCUUAUAAAUUAGCAAUUAUUGAACAGCAUAAGCUUUAAUUAAUAUGGUAUUCGAUUUCAAUAUAAUUAUUUGCCAGAAGUACUAAGUAAAUUUUACGACUAUUGCUUAAAAAGGUUUUAUAUAUCAGAUAUAUAAUUCUAUUCCUAAUUAUCUAUCAUACAUAAGUUAAUGGCGAAAAUUUGCUAUAUCGAUACAUUUGUUGCAUGUUAUUUUAUUUAAAAAUGUGAUCUUUGAAUUUCCGUUAAGAUUAUCAUAUGUGCAUAUCAUGUUAUAAGUUGUUUAAACAAAUUUAUAUAUACA